GUAAGCUUAAAACAUAUUUGACACAUAAUUGAACGAUUCCAUCGUCUUGAUAGCAAUAUGCAAUCUCGUAACGAGCACAAACGUGCCUUAAGGGUCCCAAAGAAACCAGCGGUCUAUUUGGAAGAGGGGUUGGAUGAGGACGCUUUAAGCGAUACCGAGUCCAUAAAACCCACUCAGAAGAAGCAGCGCCGAUCUAAGAACAGUAGUUCGGGAUCGGGUCAGCCUUCGAGAUCCGCCGGUGCUCAAUCCCGAAUGGGAGAAGAGCAAGUUCAGAGGCAUGCCUUGUCUGAGGCCUCUACCAAUGUUCCCGGAAAGCCCGUCCCCAAGAAGAAGUCUCCAGCUGCUGGUAUGGCAGCUGAGGUUGCUGAUAUGGCAAUUGAGACAGGUCUUCAGGACACUACAGAUGACGAUGCCGCCUCAGAUCUUGAGGAUGGUGAUGAUUCUGAAUUCGAAUUUGACGAUACCGACGAGUAUAUUGCUCAAAGGGAUGUCAAUGACGAAGGCGAAAGCGCAGCAGAUGACGAAGCAAUCGCCGAGUCUACUGUUGAAGAAGUUCGUUACCAUGUUGUCUCUGAUAUUGGGGAUAGCAAGGACGAUGACAUUCUGCGCUUUCGAAGCCGCCUGGAGAGAACUUUGGAACUACUUCAAAGUGAAGGCAAGACUAUUCUUACGAAUGGUUUUGAUGUUGAGCGAAGACAGAGGAGCAUGACUUUCAAUUUUGCUCAGCUGCUUUCUCGCACUGCCGUCUCCUUCUUGAUGAGAUUGUUUCUAGGCUGCAUCAGCCUCGAGAAUCAGUCUUUUCUUGGCAAGAUAUCCUGGUCAGAAGAAGAUUUCAUGAGCCUGAACGUUGAUUGGCGAGAUCUCCUUGUGCCAGGUAUCUAUGGUGGUACUGCAGUAGACUCGGCACAAACUGAUCCUAAACUGGAACAGUACGUUGGGUCGAGCAAGAGGAUAAGCGAUCGUGUUGGUCGCCAUAGCAGUUUCUCUGAACGGUUUGACUUGAAGUCUUUGCCUGAAAGAGAAAGAAGUGCUCAUUAUCUGCAUAUGUGCAAGGACACUGUAACCUCAAACUAUCAUGUUUGGGCAAAAUUUGACUUUGCAGUGGCAGAAGGGUAUUUGCAUCUUCUCGAGGGUAUCUUUAUGAUUAUCCUUGGGACAUAUCAAGAUCCAAAAACUUCAUACCACAAUUGGAACAACAAAAAGUCAUACGACUUUGUUGCUCAAUCACGCAGUUCUGCGGGAUGGCCAGCUGUUCAAUGGAAGGGCUUGAAUAGAGCAUUUGUGCUUUAUCAAGGCUUCCAAAAAGGAUCUACAAAUAAACCUUCGCCCUGUUGCAACCCAGUUUGUGGGUUCACAGCAUAUCCGCGAGGAUAUGGUGAGAUGAAGCGAUAUGCGUACAAUUCCGAGGACCCCCUUGGGGGCUUUCUCUGUAAUGGGUGUGGCGGAUACAGAUUUCGCAAUGGUAAAUUGCCUGAUGCUGUAUGGACCGCACGGCGCAAGUCUUUUCAUGAGACUCGUGCUGCUGCUGGUGGCGCCGAUGCUGCUUGUGAUUGUUGUGGUCGUUUGGAAUCUAAUUUCCCGAAGGCACGUAAACGUCUCAGUGGUGUCAAUAAAGGUGAGGCAUAUGCUUCCGCACAUCGGAAACAUGCCCAUCAUCCUGCCAUGCAAAAUGAAUUAUUUUGCCGGGCAUGCUAUGAUUUCAUCGAUAAGAAUAAUCGUAAGAUGAAUGCUGCUGAGAUCCAAGAGUUUUUGAGUACCAGAACCUCUGAAGUCUCUGACAUGAAACGCCAGAUAACGGCAGACAAUGCGGCAGGCCGGCCGAUCACAUGUUCCAAGUGCGGAAUAUCGAGAUUGAAAGGAGAAGUACCCAGGAUUAGCUUUGUAGCUAAGUUCCAGGCCAUACUUUGUCAACGUUGCUCUAGGAAAAAGAAUCCAUGAACCUGGCACUUUGGGUCAGGGUAGUGGUGAUUUAGCCUAAUGCAUAGACA